UUUUAGUGUUCGCUUAUUAGAUUAGCGGUAUUAUAAACAUAACAUUAAUAUCAAUUUAAAUUUCUGUCAAAUUAUAAUACAAUACGUCACUUAAGGUAAUUAGAAAAAAAAUUACUAAUUUAAAGUGACAGCGCGUAUAGUGAGGUGAAUCGCGGAAUUCUUUAAAUUUUAAAUGUUGGGGUACGCCGGACACGGUUUAGGCGAGAUUAACGAAAGAAUUUCUCACCCAUCGGAAAAUGCCGCACAAUUUUCGGUUAGCAGCUUAUUGAAGUUUAGUCAGAAGAGGCCGCGAGCGGAAACUAAAGCUAACGAAGGUUAUGGAUAUGACAGAAGCACAAAUGUCGAGAAACAUAAAAAACCGAGACGAAAUCGAACGACUUUUACAACGGUGCAGUUAACGGCGUUGGAGAGGGUGUUCGAGAAGACCCAUUAUCCCGAUGCAUUCGUUCGAGAAGAUUUAGCUUCCAAAGUUUCUUUAAGUGAAGCGCGUGUACAGGUAUGGUUUCAAAACAGACGAGCGAAAUUUCGACGCAACGAACGAAGCGUCACCCUCCAACAGAAUAACGGCAGAACGAACCCAUCCCCUACUACAAAAGGCUUGGAAACUCCAACAAUUUAUCACCAAACGCCACCAAUUGCGUCAGACCUUCAGUACGUGCUGCCUUGGAAAUGUUCCCAUUAUUCGAAUCAGGAUUUGUACAGUGGUCCUAAUAGUUUAAGUGGCUUAAAUACGCAAAGUUGUGGAUUUUUACCUUCCAGUUUGAGUUACUGUGCUUCAAACAUUCCCCCUAGCACUGUAUAUAAUCACCUGGACAUGAGUUCUUUGCGAUACCGUUCUGAAUUUCCACCCCCACACGCCCAUAUUUGAAAUAAAAUGUAGAU